ACUACGCUUGGCCAGAUCACAUCUGGAUGGAUGAAGGCUGUGAGGGGGGAGGAGUUAGUUUUCAUCCAGGUUCACAUACAGUAUAGGGAUGUACGAAAGAAGUGCAGUAAUCAUUCAAAACUACGAGUUUUAUUUUGGAGGAUCCAGAUUACCUACCGACACGCGCGCAUUUGCACGGCACCGCGAGCGCAAUGAUGCCAUAAGCGCGCGCUAUCGGGCUUUAAUGUAGCAGUAUUAAAUCUGAUAACAAGCUGUGUGCAGACUUAUGAUUCAUGCAAGACGUUUAAAGAAAGUGUCAGCAGUCGUGAAUGAAUCUGAGAAGUGCGACUUCAUAUUACUGACAGGACGGCGUUAAGAUGCUAUUAUUUGGAGAUCUGAAGAUCCCUUGGUGCGGAAAUUAGAUAUACACCAUGGCAGGGAUGACAGGAAAUGAAGAAAUCCACAAAUUGCCAUGUGAGAUCCAGAGGCCGAGCCUAAAGCCUCUUCCACCUGAGCAGCAGACAGCAGACAUGGACAAAAAGGGUAUCGUGAUCCAUCUGACUGGCACUGAGGGUGAAUGGGACAGUCUUGAUGACAGUGACCUCAUAUUCACAAUGGACUGUGAUGGCCAAAAGUCACUCAGCUCCCUUCCAAAGAAAAUACCAUGUUCGGUAGACAUUCAGGCUGAGGAGGACUGGAGCCUCAACUCAUCUGCAUCCAACGUUCCUCUCUCUCCAUCUUCCCAAGACUCUUUCACCCUAAACUCUGGUUUCCUAUCACCUACCCACCGGCCCUUGGCCAGCUUUGUAAAGUCUUUGUCUACGGAGUUGGAUCUAAAAGACUCAUCUCUGAAGCCCAAGCCGCUUCUCAGCCUCGUCAAAUCGAUUUCCACCGAGCUUUCCCGCAGCGAGCCCGAAGUGUCCCAAUCCAAGUCCGAUUCUAAGCUCAAUCUGCACCUUUUUACACAAUUCACUCAGUCUAAAAGCCGCAAAGGCGAUUCUCACACUGCCCCUCCGUCUCCGGUCAACCUGUCACCAACUGAGCCCAAAGCCAGUUUCUUCAAAAUGGAGCUUGAGGACACUCGACGCAAAUUCUCAGAGGCCGUGCAAGAACCUUUAAACAUGUUCAGUAAGAUCAUGCGUGAGGACAGUGUCGGCAGUCCCAAACACCAAAGGAGCACAGGGUCAAUAGACUCCCCAAGCUACAAAGGUUUUGGAAUUGCGAAAUCGCUUACUGACUUGACAGUAGGCGAAUCUCCUAAGAGUGGAAGGAAAGCAGAUUGCGAGAUGCUGCCGCGGUGCAACUGGCCGGUGAAACACCGCAAUCGAUCCUGCCGUGCAUGUGAACACCAUAGUAGACAAGAAGAAGCUGGACCUGUGAUGAAAUCUAGCACAAAAAAGAAAAGGAGUGAUGUGGCAGACCAAUACCCCUCAUCUGUUCCAGUGGGUCUUGCCUAUGUAGCAUUGCUAUCAUACUGCUAUUUUAUCUUGCCAUUGUCACCUUAUUGGUCAGGCCUGUUUCUCGGGUUAGCAUUCGGGUUUGUGCUGGGGCUUAUGCUUAUCCGAUGGAGCUCCACUGGACGUUCAUCUACCAAGCACCAAAAUAGACCAAAUUUUCUCCUUGAGCCUCAACAAAGCAAAGGUAUUUUUCUCAAGGGCUGGAUGAAUGAAAUGUACACAUAUGAUAUAGAGACCUACCACCCAUCCCUCAUGCACUCUGUGUUUGUCACAUUGGAAGGAGCCUAUUUGCGGCUUGACUACCCCCGUAACAACAUUCCCCGCUGGGCCGCCUUUGAUGAGAACUGCUACGAAAAGAAUUUCACCCACUCUCGGAUAUUUAGACUCACUGGCAGCAAGGUAUUUCUUAUGCCAUUGGCUUUGGCACACAAGAGAGUGUGGAACAGGAAGUAUCCCAUUUGCAUACGUUUGGCUGAAGAAGAAAUGAAUGUGGAGGAGGAGACAGCUGAGGGACAGGGGGUGAGACUGAAAGCGGAGAAGCCCAUUGGCCGUCCUAUCACACUGUUCCUCUUUGGAAGGACGGGGCGGGAAAAAGAGGAGUGGUUUCAUCGACUGCUUUCUGCAUCCAGUUACAACGAAGAGGACCAUUUUGAAUGGAUACUUGACAAAUCUGCAUUGCAUGAGGAAAACCCUUUGGGUAUCUUACAUGGUGCUGAAAGCAAGGAGAGCAAUGAAGAUGUGUUUCACAAUGACCCGGUUGGCAAAGCAAAGGAUAACAUUUUACCAGACUAUACUUCCUACAUGAUCGGUCUAAUCUUCUCAGGAUAUGCGAGUCCUCUGCCAAGCCCCUGCCAUUGUAGCCCCCAAAGUAGUCCCACUGACAAACAGCAGCACAACUUUUGCAGCCAUGACGAUGAAACAAGGCCUGUCUGGUUGAAUGCUCUGAUUGGCCGAAUCUUUUGGGACUUCCUUCAUGAGAAAUACUGGGCCGAUCAAGUGGCAUCAAAGAUACAACGGAAGCUAAGCAAAAUCCGGCUGCCUUACUUCAUGGAUGAACUGACCCUUUCCGAACUGGCCAUGGGCUCCAGCAUGCCCCAGAUAACAGGCACGGCUUUGCCACAGGUCAACAGCAGAGGUCUUUGGUUGCAUAUGGAGGUGGAGUACACAGGGGCUCUACAGAUGAAUCUGGAGACCAAGAUAAACCUCUCCAGACUUGGGAAGGAGGGAGUCCUGGAGGGAGACACAGAGCUUGAGACCAUCAAUGAUUUGAGCAGGUCUAGGCUCUCAGUGCUGGCUGACAGUGAGGAGGAAUCCUCAAGUGCAGGAUCCUCAGAUGAAGAAGAAAUGUCAUCUGUUGACACACAUGGAGCUCCCACAGAGAAGACCCAACCUGCUGCUGAGGGAGCCGCAGCUGGUGGCAGCACUAGUAGGCGGAUUUUGAGAUUUGUCGACAAGAUUGCUAAAUCAAAAUAUUUCCAGAAGGCCACCGAAAAUGAAUACAUAAAAAAGAAGUUUGAAGAAAUGUCCAACACCCCUCUGCUGCUCACGGUGGAAGUUCAAGAGCUCUCAGGAACACUUGCUGUCAACAUACCACAUCCCCCUACAGACAGAAUAUGGUAUGGUUUCUGCGUGCCCCCGAAGCUUGAUCUAAGAGUCAUACCUAAGCUUGGAGAGCGAGAAGUGACCUUCUGUCAUGUGACGGAGUGGAUAGAGAAAAAGCUUAAGGAUGAAUUUCAGAAAGUUUUAGUUUUGCCCAACAUGGAUGACAUUUACUUACCACUAAUGCAUUCUGGGAUGGACAAUGUACACCCUGCACAAGUGUCCCAUCACUUCACUGAAAGGUGUGAUCUGGAACAUUCUUCAGAAUUAUAGUAGUGCCUCCUUGUGGACAGACAUAAAAAUGCAAUACUUUCAUAAACUGUAAAAAAUAUUCAGUUUCAUUUAUAAAUCAAAGCACAGUUUUAGUAGGUUUCAAAUAUGCUUAAGCAAUAAGUUACAACAGGCUGUGGUUUAUUGUUGUUUAUGAUAUAGUCAUGGACACUUUUAUAAAUAGUUACCACAUAUUAGAAAUAUCAAAGGGAUGCUUCAGCCAAAUAUCAAAAUUACCUUAUGAUGUACUCACCCUCAAGCAAUCUGAGAGAUACAUAUGUCCAUCAUCUUUCAGACGAACACAUUUGGAGUUAUUUGAGUAAAUUUCCUUGCUCUUCCAAUCUUUAUAAUGGUAGAAAAAAGGGAUAAACUUCUGACUUUAAAGCCCCAAAAGUGCAUUCAUCCUUCACAGAGGUAAUCCACACGGCUCUAAUGGGUUAAUAAAGGUCUUCAGUGGGUAAUUGAUGAGAUUUUAUAUGAAAAAUGUUCAGAUUUGAAACUUUGUAAACUGUAAUAACUAGCUUCCGGUAACGGCACCAUCUUGGACUCACACGAUUCACAAUAUUUUUAGCGUAAUGAGCGUUUGUUGCCAUGGGUACGUUGCACAGUGCCGUGAAUCUCGUGAGUCCAAAUGGCGUCGUUACUGGAAGUUAGUUAUUAUAUUUUAUAAAGUUUACUUUAUAUAUUUAUAUCAGGGAUACCUUAUCUCCAUUUUCUCCCAUUAUAAGCUUCGGAAAAAAUAACUCCAAAU